CGAAAAAUAUCACUCUAAAUUUGAAGUUAAGAAUUGGUCUUUUCCGUGAGUGUUCUCUUCUGAUUGUCUCGAGGCUUUGCUUCUUCACCCACAGUCGCCGGCGAACACAGAGAUGCAGCUUCUUACCGGUGUCAAGAAUCCUGCUACAAUGGUGACGAUGGCGACGGCGAUCAUUUUCAUUGCGUCAAUGCCGUUAGCUUGGUCAAAGGAGCAACUCAGCUCGAGGGAAUGUGAGGAUCUAGGUUUCACAGGCCUUGCUCUCUGUUCCGAUUGUCAUACUUUAGCUGAAUAUAUUAAAGAUCAAGAAUUAGUGACGGAUUGUUUGAAAUGCUGCACGGAGGAUUCUGAUGAUGCCACGAGUAAGAUAACUUAUUCUGGUGCCAUGCUGGAGGUCUGCAUGAGGAAGCUAGUUUUCUAUCCUGAAAUUGUUGGCUUCAUUGAAGAAGAAAAGGAUCAAUUCCCUUCAGUUAAUGUUCAAUAUACCUUCAACUCUCCACCGAAGCUUAUUUUGCUGGAUGAUGAGGGCCAACAUAAAGAAAGCAUUAGGAUUGAUAAUUGGAAACGCGAACAUAUUUUGCAGUUCCUGAAAGAGAAGGUUAAGCAGCGAUCUUCAGCAAUUUAAGGUUCUCACUUUUUUCCCUUCUUAAUCUCUGUAAAAAACUUAAUGCAGAAUUUGAACGAAACUAUUAUCAGCCAAAAAAGUUGAGGUGAGUGAACACUAAUUUUGUCAAUGUCAAGGAUAGUUGGAAAGAUAGCUGAUUUCCUCGUCUAAAUCUUUUACUGCUUAAAAAUCCUUUAGAAGUUUGACUGAUCUUUUAUAAAAUUUUAUACACAUUGUUGUUUA